AUGAAAGAACACAUUGCUCAUGUGAAAGGGAAUGUCUCACCCUGCCCUGUUUCAUCUAAAGCGGAUCAAGAGAAGUGUAAGCAGGCAAUUCUUGAUGCAAAAGAGAAGAAGAAUUUGAAAAGGAAACGUGAUCAAGCAUUGAGGGCAGAGGUGAACAUAUACAAGGACAUCAAUACUGAGGAACUGGAAAAAGAGUUGGGAACUCUUAAAAGUCCUCACUUCCAAGGUCCUAUUGAUAAGUAUGCAACCUCCAUUAACCCUGAAGCUUCUUUGGCGGCACAAACACGACAACAGAGUAUCCAUGAUGCCAUAUCUAAGGAGAGGACACAUGCAGUCCGUCAAUACUGUUCUAGAUGGAUUUAUGAGGCAAAUAUUGCUUUCAACGCUAUUGACAACGACAGUUUCAGGAUGUUUUGUGAAGCGUUGGGACAGUUUGGGCCUGGUUGGGUUCCUCCAAGUCAGUAUCAGCUUAGAGAGCCAUUGUUAAAUGAGGAACAACAAAGGACCAAGGAAAAGUUGAAGAGUCUAGAAGAAGAAUGGGAUAGAGAAGGCUGCUCAGUGAUGACAGAUGCAUGGACUGAUAUGAAGAGAAGAAGCAUAAUGAAUCUGUGUGUCAACUCAAGGGGAGGUACAUGUUUUCUUUCAUCAAAAGACACUUCUAAGGAUUCUCACACGGGUGAGUACAUCUUCAAAUACAUUGACCAGUGGAUUGAAGAUAUUGGAGCUGAAAAAAUAGUGCAAGUGGUCACUGAUAAUGCUACAAACAACGUGGCAGCUGCGAAGAUGCUGAAACAGAAGAGACCAAGGAUAUUCUGGACAGGUUGUGCUGCUCACACUUUAGAUUUGAUGCUUGAGGCCAUUUCCAAACUUCCUGGUAUUGCAAAGAUAAUUGAUCAAGCAAAGGCUGUUACUAUCUUUGUAUAUGCUCAUCAUACAACACUGUCCAUGAUGAGAACAUAUACAAAGAAAGGAGAUAUCGUGAGACCAGGAGCAACAAGAUUUGCAACUUGCUUUUUGACUUUGCAAAGCCUAUACGAGAAGAAGGCACAACUGAUGAGCAUGUUCGGCAGCGAUGAAUGGCAUGACUGUAAACACUCAAAGUGUGUGAAGGGUAAAAGUACGUUUGAUACAAUUAUGAGUCAUGGCUUUUGGAGUAGUGUGACGGUUGUGUUGAGGAUCUUCAGUCCUUUAGUGAAGGUUCUAAGGCUGGCUGAUGGAGAGAAAGUACCUUCUCUUGGAUUCAUUUAUGGUGAGAUUGUCGAAGCUAAGAAGUCUAUCAAGGAAACUUCAAAUCAUGUGGAGAAAAACUACCUACCUAUCUUUCGGAUCAUUGAUGAGAAAAUGAAAGAUAGGUUAGAUUGUCCUUUGCAUGUUGCUGCCUACUUCCUCAAUCCUUAUUAUUUCUACAAAGAUCCAGAAAUUCUAAGUGAUUUUAAGAUCAUGGAUGGAUUCAUAGCUUGUGCUGAGACUUUCUAUCAUGGCGACUUUGAGAAACAAGAUAAAGUUGUGAAUCACGAGAUCAAUUUUUACAAGAACAAAAGUGGCUCAUUUGGCAGACCUUUAGCACUGAAAGGAUGUGAGAUUAAGAAUGACAAAUUUGAUCCAGGGAAUUGGUGGUCCACAUACGGAUGUGGUACACCAACUCUUCAAAAGAUGGCUACAAGGAUCCUUGCUUUGACGUCAAGCUCUUCCGGAUGUGAAAGAAACUGGAGCUGCUUUGAAGGGAUUCACACAAAAAAAAGAAACAGGCUGGAUGUCAAUCGCUUAAAUAGCUUAGUCUAUGUGCAAUUCAACGCAAAGAUGUUUAAGAAGCAGAAAAAAAUCAGAGAGCAAAAUGCUGAUGUGAUAUUCGAUGAUGGUAAUGAAGAUACAGUGGAAGAAUGGCUUCUCCAAGGGUGA